AUGCUGUUGUGUAGGCUAUACGGCCCCGCCGCCCUACCUAGCGGCCCCGCCGCCCCAUCGCGCGGCCCCGCCGCCCCAUCGCGCGGCCCCGCCGCCCCAUCGCGCGGCCCCGCCGCCCUUCCUCGCGGCCCCGCCGCCCCAUCGCGCGGCCCCGCCGCCCUACCUAGCGGCCCCGCCGCCCUUCCUCGCGGCCCCGCCACCUUACCUGCGGCCCCGCCACCUUACCUGCGGCCCCGCCACCUUACCUACGGCCCCGCCGCCCUCUGCUGCGGCCCCGCCACCCUAUCUGCGACCCCGCCACCCUACCCGCGGCCACGCCGCCCUUACCAGCGGCCCCGCCGCCCUUACCUGCGGCCCCGUCACCUGCUGCCCAGCCGUGCCGCCCUGCAGCAGCACAGCCGAGCCGCCCAGCAGCCGAGCCGCCGAGCCGCCCAGCAGCCGAGCCGCCCAGCAGCCGAGUCGCCGAGCCGCCCAGCAGCCGAGCUGCCCAGCAGCCGAGCCGCCCAGCAGCCGAGCCGCCCAGCGGCCGCGCCGCCCAGCAGCCGAGCCGCCCAGCAGCCGAGCCGCCCAGCAGCGGAGCCGCCGAGCCGCCGGGCCGCCCAGCAGCUGAGCCGCCGAGCCGCCGCGCCGCCCUCCUUCAGGGCCGCCCGACCUGCCCAGUCUGAUGACCUGCAGCUGUUCUUACAGUGCGAUAGGGCAGACGGCCUCUCUCUCUUUGACCUCACCUCUGGCACCUCCACUGCCCCUGCUGCUGAUGCUGACGCCACUGUUCGCUCCCAGUGGGCCACGCGCGACGUUGCUGCACGUCUUGCUGUGCGUCGCCACCUCCCUACCUUCGAGCGUGCGCACUUUAGUCAGUACAAGAGUGCUCAGACCUUGUACGACGCUGUAGUUGCGCGCUACUCCUCCCCUGCCACUGCUGCACUGAGCCGUCUCAUGCUACCGUACCUCUUUCCUGAUCUUGCUGCCUUUCCCACAGUCACUGACCUCAUUACGCACCUCCGCACUAGUGACACUCGCUACCGCGCUGCACUCCCUCCUGACUUCUGCGCCAGGAACCCCCCCCCCAUGUACAUCACUCUUUACUACAUAGUCACUCGCCUUCCUGACUCCCUUCGCGUAGUCAGGGACCACUUUCUCUCUGUCUGUCCCACCACUCUCACUGUUGACCUCCUCGAGAAGUCCCUCCUAGCGGCCGAGAAGAGCAUAGUCGCUGUAGGGGCCUCUCGUGGUGACCCGCGCACCCCCAUCUUUGAGGGGUGUUCCCCCUCCCCCCUUCUGCCCUCUGUUGCCUCUGCUGCUGCGGCCGACCUCCUUGUUCUUGAGUCGGUCGGUGCGGCGUCUGCCCCUAGCGGGAGACGCCGCUCUGGCAAGGGCAAGGGGGGCAAGGGCGCUGGAGGAGCGAGCGGGGGCGGUGGAGGUGGAGGUGGCGGCAGUUGGGGGAGUGGGGGUGGCGGUGGGAGUGGAGGUGGGGGUGGAGGGGUCGGUGGCGGCAGUGGAGGUGGAGGUGGCGGCGGCGGUGGCGGUGGGAGCGGAGGUGGCGGAGGUGGCGGAGGUGGAGGCGGCGGCGGAGGCGGAGGCGGUGGCAGUAGCGGAGGCGGCGGAGGCGUCGGAGGCGGCGGGGGUGGCGGUGGUGCUGGUCGCGGGUCUUCGCAGAGGAGUGGCUCCGGUGGUGGCUCGCGCCAGCAGCAGCAGCGUGGUCGUGACACCCUGUCCCCUCAGCAGCUUCGUGAGUGGUACACUGCGCGUCAGCGGGGUGGGGGUUUUGGUCCGUGCUCCUACGUCUUGCGCACUGGCGACCGUGCGGGUGAGCAGUGUGGGGGUGCCCACCCCACCCAGCGCUGCUUUGGCCGCCUGACGGACGCGUGGCGUCACCAGUUCCCGGAGGCCUCCGAGAUCCCUCGCUGGGGCGAGCUGUCUAGGGCGGGUGUUGCCAUCUAUGAUCUUGACUUUGAUGCUAUUCUCUCUGCCAUGUAUGCUGUGUCUAUUAGUGAUGAGGGUGACUGUUACCGGUGUUUCCCGCCCGAUCCGGGCAUUGAGACUGCUGCUCUAGGUCCUGGUGAGGCUGCUGCCAUAGGUGCUUGCGACGCUGCUGCUCUAGGCGCUCGUGUGUCUGCGUCCUCAGGUACUGGUGAGUCUGCGCUCUCAGGUACUGCGUCGGCUUCGGCCUCCCUCACCUUCACCCUUGACUCUGGGGCGUUUCGCUCCUUCUUUCGGGACCGCACCACACUCACACCGCUGAGUCGACCGGUUGCAGUGUCUCUGGCUGACCCCUCUGGGGGUCCUGUCCUGUCUCGCUUCUCCACAGUCCUCCCGUGUCCGGCGGCUCCCUCUGGCACCCUGUCUGGUCUCUACCUCCCCUCGUUCUCUACGAACCUGGUGAGUGGUGCUGACCUACAGGAUGCGGGGGUCCACCAGUUCACUCCUGCACGUCAGAGAGUGACCCACUGUACAGAGGCUGGCACAGGCCGACACCUGGCUACGUUCACCCGUCAGCCGGGGUCGAGCCUGUACACUCUGACCACUGCGUCUCCUCCAGUUGCUGAGUCUGGUAGGGUAGUUACGUCGGGUCAGGUGUUUGCUGCGGCGUCCAGGUCUGGUCCUGAGUCUGCCCCCUGUUCGUGUCGUCUCCUGUCUCACGAGACUCUCCUCUGGCACCACCGCCUUGGCCACCCCUCUCUGCUUCGGCUCAGAGGUAUGGCCUCCCGUCUUCUUGUGUCCGGUCUCCCCCGGUCCCUCCCUCCCCUUCCUCAGGGCCCUGGCCCUGCCUGUGUCCCCUGUGUCGAGGGGCGCCUGCGUGCUGCCCCUCACUCCUCCCAGUUUCCUCCGACAGAGGCCCCGUUGCAGACACUUCACAUGGACGUGUGGGGCCCAGCCCGCGUCCGUGGACAGGGUCACGAGCGCUACUUCCUGCUCGUUGUUGACGACUACUCGCGUUACACCACAGUCUUCCCCUUGCGCAGCAAGGGUGAUGUCACUGAGGUGCUGAUCGACUGGAUCCGCGCAGCUCGUCUCCAGCUCAGGCAGAGCUUCGGCUCGGACUUUCCUGUUCUGCGUCUGCACUCGGACAGAGGCGGAGAGUUCUCCUCUGGCCUUCUGCGUGCCUACUGUCGUGCACGGGGCAUCCGUCAGACCUUCACGCUUCCGGACUCACCGCAGCAAAAUGGGAUUGCUGAGCGCCGCAUUGGCAUGGUCAUGGACGUCGCUCGUACGUCUAUGAUGCAUGCGGCUGCCCCCCAUUUUCUGUGGCCGUUUGCAGUGAGGUACGCGGCGCAUCAGAUCAACCUCCACCCCAGGGUCUCCAGGCCGGAGACCUCCCCAGCCUUGCUGUGGACGGGGAAGGUUGGCGAUGCGUCGGCAUCCCGGGUCUGGGGAUCUCGGGCGUUUGUCCGCGACCUGUCUGCGGACAAACUAUCCCCUCGUGCUGCUCCUUGCGUCUUCCUGGGGUUCCCCCCUGACACGCCUGGGUGGCAGUUUUACCACCCCACCUCUCGCCGUGUUCUGUCCUCCCAGGACGUCACGUUUGACGAGUCGGUCCCCUACUACCGCCUCUUCCCCUACCGCACUCCGUCCCUCCCCCCCACCCCCACUCUUCCUGGUACCAGGUCCCCCCCAGGUAGACCCCCUCCCCCCUCAGGGUCCUGCCCCUUCAGGUGUGUCCCAGGUAGACGCAGUCGAGCCUGUCGAGGUCACUGGUGA